ACUGUGCAAAUUGUACCCCUUAGGAGCAAUGGUUUUCAGUUAAAAAAACAAAAAAAAAACAAAGAAACAAAAAACAUCAAAUGCUGUCAACUUGAACAAUCAUGCUUCUAAAAAUUCAUUCGCUCUAGACUUUGUAUUACGAAUUAUGCUCAAGUGGAUUUUUUUAACUAAAUUAAACUAAAAAAGUGGUUAUUCCUCACAAUCCAGAGUCCUCUGUUCCAAUUCAUUUUCUCUCUACCCACAAUCCUACGAGAGCCGAGCUCAAUCACAUGAUAAUUUCGCGCGCUUUUUCACACGUGAGUAACAAGCUGAUCGACUAAGAAAAGUACAAAAUGUCGGAACCUUCGACUCCUAAGGGAAGAAAACGGUCCAGAACCGCAACUCCAACUUCAGGCCGCUCUGCACGAAGCAGYCGCAAAAGCUCCAGAGGUGGCUCUCCAGAGCCCAUUCCUGAAGAGACCAAUGUGGUAUCACCUCCAUCACAGCGACGUCGUAUUGAUGAGGCAUCAUCACCUCUGCCACUUGCUCCCACAUCACCAUCAGGGGAUCAGCAAGAUCAUGAUCCAUCGCUGUUCUCAUCCCCUCAGCAGCGGCUUGGUGUAGAGACAAGUGAGAUUGACUUAAGUUCACCACUUAAUUAUGGAACACCAAGCUCAAGRGUAGCAGGGACUCCACGAGGUGGAAGCUUAGCUGGGACACCUAUCAGACACAGAACAGACAUCAGAAGUGACAGGAGAAUGAGACAAGUAAAUAUUGGAGAGCAACAGGGUUCUGAUGCUACAGAACARCCUACAGGUCCAACAAGUGAAGCUGGYGUCGCUGCUGCUGCUCCUUCGCUGGUGAUWUGGGGAACUGAUGUUGUUGUUAGUGAAACUAAAGCAAAGUUUAAGAAAUUUGURAUGGAGUAUGUGGAUGAUAGUGGUGARGAAAUGGGWGAAGAUUUUGAUCCUCUUCUUCCWGUGUAUAUGCAAAGACUUGAUGAGAUUCAUGUCCUUGAGACACCUUUUCUYAACAUUGACUGCUGCCAGCUGAAAGACUUUGAUGGAGAGCUGUACCGACAGCUUGUCUGCUACCCACAAGAAGUCAUCCCYACAUUUGACAUGGCUGUUAAUGAAAUCUUCUUUGAGAAAUAUCCAGACGCUCAACUUGAGCAUCAGAUUCAGGUCAGGACAUUCAAUGUGGAAAAAACUAAGAAUAUGAGAGCUUUAAACCCUGAAGACAUCGAUACACUUAUCACAAUAAGUGGUAUGGUUACUCGGACGUCGCAUAUUAUCCCUGAAAUGAGAGAAGCAUUUUUCAAGUGUUAUGUCUGUCAAUCAUCUGUCAGAGUUGAGAUUGACAGAGGCCGUAUUGCCGAGCCUACAAUCUGUCGCCAUUGCAACACAAAUCAUAGUAUGAUGCUAGUCCACAAUAGGUCUUUAUUCACGGAUAAACAAAUUGUCAAACUGCAGGAAUCACCAGAUGACAUGCCACCAGGACAGACUCCUCACACAAUCAUGCUGUAUGCUCAUAAUGACUUAGUAGAUGGUGUACAACCUGGUGAUAGGGUUGUAAUCACUGGUAUAUAUAGAGCCACGCCCAUCAGGGUCAACCCACGGCAGAGAAAUGUCAAAGCUGUAUAUAAAACAUACAUUGAUGUAAUCCAUUACAAAAAGACUGAUAAAAAGAAGCUAUAUACUAAUGAUCCUGAUAGUGCUUUGGUAUUCACACAAGAACGUGUUGACCAACUCAAGGGCCUGUCCAAACAGCCAGAUAUUUAUGAAAGACUUUCUAGAGCUCUUGCUCCUAGUAUUUAUGAGAAUGAGGAUAUCAAGAAAGGCAUUUUACUGCAGUUAUUUGGUGGAGCAACAAAAGACUUCACCUCAGCAGGAAGGGGGAAAUUCAGGUCAGAGAUAAACAUUCUACUUUGUGGGGACCCAGGAACAAGCAAGUCYCAGCUUCUUCAGUAUGUUCAUAACCUUGUUCCACGUGGACAGUAUACUUCAGGGAAAGGAUCUUCAGCUGUUGGYUUGACUGCUUAUGUGACCAAGGAUCCAGAAACAAGACAGCUGGUACUSCAAACUGGUGCAUUAGUGCUAAGUGACAAUGGUAUUUGUUGYAUYGAUGAGUUUGACAAGAUGAAUGACAGUACAAGAGCAAUACUUCAUGAAGUCAUGGAACAGCAAACGCUUUCAAUUGCCAAAGCUGGAAUCAUUUGUCAGCUUAAUGCCAGGACAUCAAUUCUUGCCGCAGCAAAUCCUGUUAGAUCUCAGUGGGAUCCUAAACUGACAACAGUGGAGAACAUCCAGCUACCCCACACUCUACUUUCAAGAUUUGAUUUGAUUUUUCUAAUGCUGGAUCCGCAAGAUGAGUUUUUUGACAGACGCCUUGCUACACAUCUUGUGUCCUUGUACUACCAGACUCAAGAAGAAGAGGAAGAGGAGUUUUUGGACAUGGGUAUCCUGAAAGACUACAUUGGAUAUGCCAGAGCUUGUAUUUCACCAAAGCUCAGUGAGGAAGCUUCACAGGCAUUGAUCCAAGUUUAUGUUGAAAUGCGUAAAGUUGGCAGUAGCCGUGGAGCCAUAACUGCCUACCCUAGGCAGCUUGAGUCAUUGAUUAGRCUCUCUGAAGCCCAUGCACGAAUGAGGCUUUCAAAUAUUGUAGAAAGCGUAGAUGUUGAAGAGGCAAAGCGUCUUCAUCGGGAGGCCCUCAAGCAAUCUGCCACUGAUCCAAAGACUGGUCUGAUUGAUGUUAACAUCUUGACUACCGGCCUUAGUGGUUCAGAUCGUAAGAAGCGCAUGGAACURGCUAAAGUACUGAAGGAAUUGAUACAAGGUAAAGGRAAGAUUGCCAAUGUGGACUACCAGAGGACUUUCCAGGAAAUCAGAGAUGCAUCAGAUGCACCUGUUUCAAGRGAACAYUAUGAUGGCGCGCUGAAAAUCCUUCAAGAUGAAGACUUCUUGAUUGUCACUGGAAAACAAAUCCGUUUGAUGUGAUUUUAAGAACUUAAUAAUUAUGUAUAAAACGUUACUGUCUACUCAAAGAGCUCUCUGAUGGAUAGUAGURCACCGUCAGUAACUACUUAAUAUUGUCAUGUAUAAAGCUGUGAGUAAAAAUUCAUCGAAUACCAAAAAACGGUUUUCUGAUUGUAUUCACUUCCCAGAUGGGAACAAGUUGCACUAAGGUGCAUACAAAUAAAGCUAGCUUAUUGCGUUUGAGAAUGAUUGAUAAACUUCGUUUUAGUCUGACAAUCAACGUGAGGUAUAUCARCAUAUUUGUAAGGUUUUUGUAAAGYUUCAACAAAUAAAUUUAUUGAACAUUUA